GAUAUUUUAAUAAAGGGAGAAAAGAUAAUUUUUUAAGAGAGAGAGGGGGUAUACAGAGUUAAUGGGCUGCCCAAAUUCGAAAAUUCAAAAUCCCGCCUUCUAGAAACCCUAACGACGGCGCGAUCUAACACUCCGUUUCUCUCUCAGCAAAGUGCUUUCUCUAUCAUUUCCUCUUCUUCGUCUUACUUCCGUAAGCAUUCUCCAUCAAUUAGGAAGGGAAUCGCGUACCAAUUGAGAAAUGGAGCGUUACAUGACCAGAAGAGAUACUCUUGUUAGAGAAACAGUUAAAGAAGAAGAAGAAGAAGAAGAAGAAGAAGAUUGUGAACGGGAUCUACUCUACCUUGUACAUUCGGAUAUCUCAUCUCUUCUUCACCAGAUUGAUGAGCUCGUUGUCAAAGCCACAAAGCUCAAAACUUUGAGCAAACAAGAAGUUGAAUCCUUCAGAUCUGUCUUGUCAGAUAUGCAUUCCUCACUAAAGCCAUGGUUUCCUCGGUUGCAAGCAGCCAUAUCCAGUUCUCAAUUGCUUUCCAAGGUACAGGAAGAACAGUCUUUGAUGAGCAGCGCAAGCAAAGAAGAAUUGUAUGAUGUUGAGAGUCCUGAGCCUACUGGAUUUGAGCCCUUAGUCUCCCCUUCUCCUCUCGUGGCAUGGCGUGGUGGUGAUCAUAACCCCGACAAGGGUAGACAGCUCUUUAUGUUGACACCACUCCCCUUGCGAAAAUCUGAAUUCCUUAAAUCCAAGCUCAAAUCCAAAAGGGUCUUUCCAAAUUCUGCUGCAACUCAACCGCUUCAAGCUUCUAAAGAGACAAGUGACUGUGGUCUAGGAGUUGAGUCGAUGAAGACUGCAGGACUUGGUGGUAACUCUUUAGUCCCUCUCAUGGAUUUGUCUGAAAGUUUGGUAGAGUCUGAGCCAUUGCCUUCAGUGAAAAUUCAGUCUGAGCUUCUGAUGACCCCUUGCUUGAAGAUGUCCCCUCCGAAAACUCGUACACUGUUUAAACCGGUUCCUCAACGGGGAAAGCAAGAGGCUUGUAAGUCCACCUGCUCCGAAUUGGGAGCUAGCACUUUUAAUGGUUCACAGAGCUCUGAGUCGUCUGGCAUUGAUGAAACAGACGACCUCUAUUCCAAGUAUCCAGAGCUUAUGGGGUUAAAACAUGCUCCAAUAGCUAGAAAAACCGAUCUUGAAGCCUCGCCGGUUUGGUGGUUUUCGCCUCCUAAAACAUCUGUUUUACUGGAGCUGCCUGUGAAUGAAAAGAAACCAACUGAUGAAACCGGUGUCUCAAGAACGGUAUCCUCAUUUGCUUUUACAAACGUUAAACCAGAAGCAGCAGCACACACAAAAGAGGCAAGCAGGUCAAUGGUGGUUGAGAGUACACCAUUGAUGAACGAAGCAGAGAGUGUAAUGACGAAAAACAGAACAAGAGCUGGUGAGAGUACUCUAAAGAAAGAGCUGUGGACAAGGUUCGAAGAAGCAUCAAUGCAUGAAAACCGUUUCAGCUCCAAGACGACGACAACAACAACGAUGAGGGGGAAUAAGAAGAAAGGGUUUAUGGAAAUGUUAGAGGAAGUGUGUGGCAAUGAGGAACACGAGUUAAAUUGAUGGUCAAAGCACAAUAUAGUCUGCAUAUAACUUCACCUCGUUUGUUUGUAAUUUUGUCAAUCGUACGGUUCAAUCUUUCUUUACCAUAUUGGGGAGUUAUAUGUGCUUCAAAUUCUCCCAAAUAUUGAAUUGAAUAUACCCUCUUGAGUAGAUUAACCAAUGUGAUUUUAUGUUUGGGUUAUUUUUCGAUCCAUAGGAUAAGUAUGUGUUUCGAAGAGGGAAAGGAAAUGGUCUUAAAGUUAGUUGGCAUGUUGACGCCAGUAUAUGCGAUGUGCAUUGGAUUGUUUCAAGCUUCAUGUAUCUCUAUGGAUCUUCUUGUGGAAGGUUUCAAAAAGAGCUCUAGCCGGUUCAGAGCACGAGGCCAGUAAUCAUAGUCUCUUCGAGUGUCCCCGAGGCAAGUCUGGGUGCAAUAGAAUGAUCCUGUGCCAAAAUAAUUGUUUUGGCGUCUCAGUUUAUGUUACCAUGGUGUGGAGUAUAUUCUAAAACUCCAACAUCAAAUUCAGAUAUUCUCUUAAGCCUUACCAUUUACAAUAGAAAUCAGGAUGUUGCAAUUUUACUCUUGUACACAUGGAUAACUUUAAAAAUGCAUGGACCAUGUUUUAAUGUCCAUAUGGACAUU